AUGGCGGUGGAGAAAAACAGAAAAGUGGAUAAUGUGAAUGUGAAGAAGAGGAAUAUUGUAUUGGUUGGGAUUAAAAUCGAUGAUAGUGGCAAAAAGAUCUUGAAAUGGGCACUUGAAGAAGUUGCAGCACAUGGAGAUUGUGUUGUUGUUGUUCAUGUUUGCUCUACUUCUCAUCGUGCCUUGAAGAGCAAGUCAUCGUUGGAUCGGUACCUAGACUUUUACAGUGAAUUCUGCUCAACAAAGAAGAUUGAGCUCAAAGGAGAAGUUUUGAAGGGAAAUUCAGCUCAAGAAACUUUAGUUAAAGAAGCAAAGAGAUACAAUGCUAAUUCCAUUAUUCUUGGAGUUAAACAUCAAAGAAAAUUAAGUCUAAAAAUAGCUGAAGGCUGCGCAAAAGAGCUUCCUCCAACAACUGAUGUUGUGGCCAUCCACAGAGGAAAUAUAGUCUUUAGACGUUCCAACCAUUACCAACUACCACUUGCUCAAAAAAUGAUUUCAACACCAAGUUCUGAACUUUCUGAUGGAUUUUCAGACAAAGAUAGCGAAUUGACAUCCAAAGAAUCAACAUGCCAAGAGAAGAGGAAGGUUUCAGGAAGAUCUCUCUCUCUUCCAUCAGUAGAGGUUAUAGAUCAGAAACCAGGUUGGCCAUUGCUAAGAUCAACCACUUUGGUUACUCCAGUAGUUCAACAUCAGACUCGGAAAAUAUCAGUUGUCAAUUGGGUCAUGAACUUGCCUGAACGGUUUCCACAUCAUCCGAAUCUGAGCUUUUGCGAUAAACAACUUAAAGACAUACUAAAGGAAAUAGACAGAUGGUUUAGCUACGAUGUUCUUAAGGCAGCAACUUCAGAUUUCUCUUCAGAGAAUCUGAUCGGAAAAGGAGGAUGUAACGAAGUUUACAAAGGGUUUCUUGAAGACGGCAAAGCUGUGGCAGUGAAGAUCUUGAAAUCAUCUGUAAAAGAAGCAGUGAAGGAUUUUGUUCAUGAAGUGAGCAUAAUCUCUUCAUUGAGUCACCAAAACAUCUCUCCUUUGAUCGGUGUCUGUGUCCGGAACAAUGACCUAAUCUCCGUUUACAAUCUCUCAUCCAGAGGAAGCUUGGAGGACACUCUACAGGGUAAGCAUGUAUUGAGAUGGGAAGAAAGAUUCAAGAUAGCAAUUGGAUUAGGUGAAGCACUUGAUUAUCUCCAUAACCAAUGUUCUAAUCCUGUGAUCCAUAGAGAUGUCAAAUCUUCGAAUGUUCUUCUCUCAGAUGAAUUUGAACCUCAGCUUUCGGAUUUCGGGCUUUCUAUGUGGGGAUCAAAGUCUUGUCGAUACACGAUACAAAGAGACGUGGUGGGGACGUUUGGAUACCUAGCUCCUGAGUACUUCAUGUACGGGAAAGUCAGCGAUAAAGUCGAUGUUUAUGCGUUUGGAGUUGUUUUGCUUGAGCUCAUGUCAGGGAGGACUCCUAUUUCUACUGAUAGCCCAAGAGGACAAGAGAGUUUGGUCAUGUGGGCAAAACCGAUUAUCGAAAAAGGCCAUGCAAAAGAGCUCUUGGAUCCGAACAUCUUAGGAGAUUUUGAUGAGCAUCAGUUUCAUAAGAUGGUUCUUGCUGCUACACAUUGUCUCAAUAGAGCAGCCACUCAUCGUCCCAAUAUCAGAGAGAUACUAAAGCUGCUAACAGGAGAAGAUGAAAUAGAGAAAUGGGUGAAGAAAGUAGAAGAAGAUGAAGAUUGUUUCGAUGAUGAGGUUUACCCAAAUUCGAACACAGAAUUACACUUGAGCCUGGCGAUGCUCGACGUGGAGGAUAAUGACUCUGUUUCAAUCGGUAGCUUGGAGAGAAGUAACCAUAGUCUCUUUUCUUCUUCUUCUUCCUCCCUGGAGCUUCAGUCUUAG